AUGGCGCCAGUCAAAAAGCGAUCAAAGAAGCCCAAGUUGCUCUCUAGCUCACGGCCACCGACGGUCAGGACAAACAAGACGAAGCUUUCGUCAAAAGCCACCCGGAACCUCAUUCGCUCCCACCAUCAGCUUAUGAAAUCGAGGGCCCAAGCAGUCGAAGAAGGCAAUGAAGACCUAGUUCGGGAGCUUGACGCGCGCAUUGAAGCAAGCGGCGGCUUAGAAAGCUAUCAGCUUGCUAGCAAACUCGGACAGUCGUUAGAGCGUGGUGGAGAUUCCAGCAAAGUCCUCAUCGACUGGAUCGGUCCCAAUCUGGUUGAGCUGAAGCACUCACCGUUCAAGCUACGAAUGCUCGAAGUCGGAGCUCUCAGCACCAAGAACGCAUGCACCAGAAGCUAUCUCUUCGACGUCACCAGGAUAGAUUUGAAUUCCCAGGAGCCAGGCAUCUUGAAACAGGAUUUCAUGAAAAGGCCUCUUCCCCGCGCUGACAAUGAUCGAUUUCACAUCAUUAGCCUGUCCUUGGUACUUAACUAUGUACCGAGUGCGAUAGGCAGAGGAGACAUGUUAAAGCGGUGUGUAGAGUUUCUCACAGACAAACUCCCGUCGGGCCUAUCCCUUAACAUCCGGCCGAACUUAUUUUUGGUCUUACCCUUGGCCUGCGUCAAAAACUCGCGGUACUUGACGGAGGGAAGGCUGCAAGACAUAUUAUCCAGUAUGGGGUUCGUCUUGGCAAAGAGCAAGGAGACAUCGAAGUUAAUAUUUCAGCUCUGGGAGCACAACGGAAGUUACAAGCCACAGCCAUUCAAAAAGGAGCUGCUGAACCCAGGCACAAUACGUAACAAUUUUGCUAUUAUCGUUCAAUGA